AAAGUGUGCGUAAAGCGAAUCGAUGAUGAUAUACAUUGCAAAAGGCAGUGAGAGAGUGAUCCGAAAAUAAUCCAACAAUUUCCUAGAAUACUUUGGAUUGUAAUUUUGAGAAUAUUAGUUGAUUUUCUUGACACUGUUUCCAUUUCUUGCAGAUUCUCAGUGCCACAACACAAAACAAAGAUAAUCAGUAUUAUCAAAUAACAAGUCCAAAACCUACACCAAACAGACAAUCUAGUGAUGUGUUCCCGCUGCCAGGAGUGAAACGAUCUCACAAUCACAAUCAUGAACAUGACCACAAUCAGCAUCAACCAAACUACAAUCAGAAUUAUCAGACUUCGGUCCCUGAUGAUGAUGAUGAUGAUGGAUCUACUCGUCACCCGCAUCAUGUGAAUCAAGAGCCCAAGAAAUUCAGAAUAAAUAUGGUUCCAUUCAAUCUCGUGCCGGACAAUUUAAGAGACACUCAAGGAGUAGCUCAAAGAAUGACAAGAAGACAUGAGCAGACAUCCUCCAGCAAGAUGACAAAGGAUAACAUGGAUCUCCGAACUAACAAUGACGUCAAUAUUAGUCUGAUCCACGAUAUAUUCUUCAAGAACUUCACAAAAAGAGGAUUGAAUGCGCAGCAUGAUGCCAACACUAUGGUUUUUCCAUCAGACGAUAUAGUGACGAAUAACACAACAGGAAAGUCGAAAAACUGUCCUUACGGCCUCUGCGAAGAAGUGGAGAAUUAUCCAGAAGGCAAAAUCAAGAACUUUAUCAGUCGCUCAGAAGUUCUCAAACAGUAUUUCGAUCAAAUGGCGAUUCCCUCAAUCAGUUUCAGCAACAGAUUCGGAGAAGAUGGAGAUCCUCUUUGCCCAACAAGGACCUAUACAAAAUUCCCCAAAAGCGCUACGAAUACACAGAACAUCGCAAAAAUCUUGGUGAACGUCGAUGAAUACAAACAGGGGGUUGUAUAUGAAACGUGUGUGAAAGAUGGUGGGCAAUGCAGCCAAGCCAAUGGUUUUCCAGAUGGUUACAUCACGACUUGCAAGCAGAAGUAUGCCGUGAGACGCCUGAUGGCUGUUUCUGACAAUAUGGACAAACCAGUGUUCGAUGACUUCGAACUACCAUCCUGUUGUGUGUGCAUGAUCAAAAAAGGCUGA